AUGGAUCCUCACCACAACUAUGUCUCCCGAUCCGAAAUCUGGCGUAUCCUUGAGGAAGUGAAGCGGCUUCAAAUCGCCGACUUUGAGAAUGCUCGGCGCAUGGAUCAUCGGAUGGACGGUAUCGAGCAACACCUUGACGAGAUUGUGAAGGUGAAAAGCAUAUGGGAACCUUUAUCCCAGUGCCCUACCGUGGUAGGGGAUUCGACCUUGCACGCGCCAUCCGACGCAUUCAAGGGAUUCGAACAUGGAACGGCUAGUUCUGCCCGAGGUCUCGACGGUGAAGAGCAACCUCGACGUGGUGCGUCGCGUGCAAACAGCGUACGAUUUGAUAAGACUGCCAAUAGCGGUCAUUAUGGACACACUUCCCGGUCGAACUAUGACACCCCGCUUCGUCCUGGUAGUAGCAUGGGAGGCGUGGCCCUGACCGACCGCUCUCUAUCGCAUCGAUCGGAUGGUGGAAACUCCUUCCUCGCGCGAACCAACAGCUUGGGUCUGGACACCAAUCCACUCUGGGCACAUUAUUUUGACAGUUGGUCGCCUAUAACCCCUCCCCCGGGAUUUUUUGUGAUGGGCCCCGUUCCCUCCAUCAUCCGUUGCUGGCUGACAACCAAUUAUUCGAGUGACACACUGCUAUAUGCUGCUGUCUGCUCGGGUUCCUACUCGUCGUCCAUCGGGACUGUUACACUUCGUAAACUUGGCUUGAAGGGCUUGGUGGAGGACGAAGGCUUCAUCAAAAUCCCUCUAUAUCUCCCAGAGGCCCGUGUUCACAAUCCCUCAGUGCAUAUGGAGGGCCCUCAAAUCCCAUCGGUUACAAUCAAAUUUUGGAUUCGCGAAGAGAACGCCGAGCACGACUGCAUUCAGAUAAUCAUUGGAAGUGAUGUGCUCCGCGCUCACAGUGCCGACCUGCUCUUUUCCCAGGACAAGCUUUUGAUGUUGGAUGAUGACCAUCAGCGCAUCACUGUCCCUCUUGUGCGCCCUGAAAAAGAGGACACAUUCAAGUUUCUUUCUACUGGAGUUGAUGUGACCCACCCUGACUUUCCCUCCACACCUGGCGUGGAGCGUGAAGGCAAGACGGAAGGAGUAGAGAGUCCACUCAGUGCUCCUUCAAAGUCUUCAGCAGUUCCUGAGUCUGCUCAGGCGCCAAUUGAUGAGGCUAUAAAGGUGCCAAAGCAGCAUCUGAAGGGUACUGUUGAAUUAGCCCCAAUCAACACGGCUGUUUCGCCUCCGCUAGUGGGUCCUGAUUUUAUCAAUAAGGGCCUAUCCGGAACUGCUGCCCUGUGGGAUGCCUGGAACCAUCCCCCGAAGCCUGACCCGAAGGCCGUUAAGCUCGCACCUGCACGUGCGAUGAAAGUGCUACGUCCUACCAAGCCAAACAAGUCACUGUAA